CUGGAGAUAGCUCGUCCAUCCGUGCAGAUGGCAUUCAGCUGUGUGGACAGUCAGUUGAGUACCAGCACGGCAAGCGUUCGCACUAUAAGCGAUCAUGCAAGCUAUAUGGUAGCAGUAAUCAAUAGAAUUGUUGAUGGCGAAGAGGAGGCUAUUGAAGGUCUAAAAGAAGUUGGCGCAUGUCACGCAAAACUGCGUGAACACUUCUUUAUAACUGGAGAUGAUUUUGAAAUUUUGGGUCAGCUACUAGCUGAAACCUUUCUGAAACUCGAAGGAAUACGACAAAGCAAAGAAGCAGGGCAAAGAACGAUUGAACCGAGAGCACAAAAAAAAUUGUGGAGGCUACUGAUAGCAUCUGUGAUUGAUCAUUUGCGGGCUGGCUUCGAAGCAGAAUGGCGCAUCCAGCAGCGACAUCGCAUGUCUCCCAGAGCAUCUAUUCCGUCCGCAUCUGAAUUAUUCAAGAUGAGAGAUGAACGACUGGAUACGUCCAGCAAUAGGUUAAAAGGAUCUCCGAUACGAACAGUUCACCCUAAACUCAGGUAUCAUUUGCUUCCAUGA